AUGAAUCAACUUCAUCAGAGUGAAAAAAUCUUCCAAGAACAACUUAUAACAAUUGUUAAGAAUAAUGAAGAACAACAAAGAAACGAAAAAAAUCGUCUUCAAGAAGAAAUCCGUAAUAAAGAUAAAAAUAAGUCAACUGAAUUUCAGAAUAUUUUACAACAACAGAGCGAAAUUAGGAAAGAUGCUCUUGAAGAAAAAGAAAAGAAGGAAAAAGAGCUAAAUGAAGAAAGAAAAGCCAAGGAUUUGAUAAAAGACCAAAAAAGUGAAACAGUAAACGCAUCUCUCAGAAAAGAGUUAGAAUUGGGUCAACAAAUUAAAGAAAAAGAUUUUGAAAAACAGAUAAUCGUAAAAGAUCAUGAAAAAGAACAAGCUGUAUUAGAUGCAAAGUUGCGUUCUUUUAUUCCUAACUUGUUUAUGAAACUUUGUAAAAAGUCUACGCUUGAUGAGAAAAAAACUGAUGAAUACCUGGAGGUUUUAACGGAUGAGAAGAUAUCGUUAGCACAGAUGAUUAGAAAAGUUGACGUCUUCAUGAUGAAAGAAAUGAUUUAA